GAACUUAAGUUUCCCAAGGACGUAAAUGAAUUAAAAAGGCUCGUCCAUAUCUUUCAUCAAUAUCAGCAAGAUCACUACUGGCACGUUCUGGUAAUCUUUGUAGCCGCCUAUUUAUAUAAACAAACAUUUUCAAUACCUGGUUCUGUCUUCACGAACAUUUUCGCUGGUGCAGUGUUUGGUUUAUGGCAAGGAUUCUUACUGGCAUCCGUUCUGACUGCUGCUGGCGCUACUAGCUGUUUCCUAUUAUCUAAAUUUGUGACCAAAACUAUCAUAGGAUAUUAUUUUCCAAAUAAAAUGAAGCUGCUAAGGGAAAAGGCAGAACAAAACUCGGACGGCUUAUUCUUCUUUCUCCUUUCCUUGCGAUUUUUCCCAAUGACUCCUAAUUGGUUUCUGAAUGUGUCACUUCCAGCCAUUGGAGUACCAAUAACAUAUUUCUUUUUCUCAGUCUUGAUAGGUUUAAUGCCAUACAAUUAUAUUUGCUGUCAAGCUGGUUUACUUCUAUCCAAAAUGACCUCAGUCCAUGACUUACUCGACCUCAAUACCGUUUUAGGCAUGAUUGGAAUGGCUGUAGUAGCAUUUUUACCUGGCGCAAUAAUUCGUAAUCGUGCUAAGAAAACGAAAUGA